UUUUAAUUAUGGGUUCUACAUUAUCUAAAAAGCAAAAAUAAGGGUUGAUUCUUUUUGGAAUUGGAACAGUAUUCUUAAUUGGAGGAUUGUAUAUCGAUGACAAGUAUAUAAAUUACUAACAAAAAGAUUGAAAAUAGAAUUGAAGAAUUAAUAAUAAAAAUUGGAUUCAAAUGAUAAAGGUUAAGAAGACAUUUAACAAACUGAAAUUUCAUCAAACCAUGAUAUAUAACUUUAAUAGAUUAAAGAAUAAAUAUAGGUUGAAUAUACAGGAGACAAAUUAUCUUUUGAUACAAUUGGAUAAAUACUUGAAAAAAGUAUAGAUCUAUGUAAAAAGGAAUAUAUAUAAAUUACCCUUGGAAAUAGAAAAUGUAAUUUAUCUCUAUAUCAAUUUAGAAAGAAGAGAUGCAAGAACAUAAUCAAAUAGUUAAUUAUAUCAACAAUUAGUGUUAUAAUAUAAUGAAUAGGUAGAAAAUUUACUUGAAUAAAAAAAAAUAAAAUUAUUUACCUCAUUAUCAAUAUCUGAGGAAGUAUUUCAGGAAAGUGUUAUGUUCUUAAUGGAUUAAGGAUAUUUUCAACAAUUCUUUAUAAUUUAAGCAACAAUAAAAUAAAAAAUAAAGGAAGCAAUACCUAGUACAAAAAUAUUAUCGUUGGAAUAAUUGAAAUAGAUAUUAGAUUAUCAAGUACAAAUUAUAACAAAUAAACCAAUAGAUUUAGCAUCAAUGAUAUAAACUUUAUCUGUAAUACUGAUUUUAAAUAAUUAUUUAGAAUAAUUAAGAGACUUAAUAAUUAAUUCCAUUAGCAGUUAAUACAAUAUUAGCUGAUUAUUGUUUUGAAAAAUUUUAAAUAGAAGAGGAAGAUUUAAUAAAAAUGAUGCAAAAUCCAGGUAUUAAUUUAUAAUUUUUUUAGAAAAUUAUGCUGAUUAGAAAAUGUAGAAAUUAAUGAAUUAAUUAGAAUAAGCUAUGUAUCAAUUAAUGGGAGCCAUUGCUUGAUACAAAAAUGAAAUAACAAUAAAUUAUAUAUAGUUAAUCAAUUAUCAAUUUAGAGUAAAAAUUAUUUUGAAUAAGUGAUAAAUCAAGAUAGUACUCUCAUUUAAACAUUCAUCAACUCUAUAGGUUCAACACAAACUGGGCAAAAAAGAUGUGUCUGUAACCAUUUUGUAAUACAUUUUUCAUGAAAACGAUGCCUAAAAUAUUAAGGAUUAUAUACAUUUUAUUACAAGGCAAAUCAAUGAAAGAAGUCAUUUAUUUAAUUUAUUAAGAG